CAGGUUUAUUGAGUUGCAGAAGGUUGUCUAUGGUCAUCUCCGUUUCAAACUCCAAAUUGGGUCAUAUCAUAUUGAUUGCCAAUUUUCCAUACGUAUAAAACAUAUAUAUUACGAAUCUCCACACUGCAUAUGAAAGGCGAGAGAGAUGUUGAAUCUGGUGAACCUGUCUCGUGCAAUGGAUGGAGUCGCAUGGAGAGGAUUGGGUUACACGUUAUUUAUACUCCAUUUUGUGUUCGCUUGUCAGCUUCUCCUCCUGCAACCUCUUGUCUCCGCUUCAGAUGCCAAACCGGGGAAUGCUGCUGAGUUGUUUGAGAGGGUUUCCAAAAGUGUAAAGGUGAAGCGUUAUAGUGAAGCGCUCGAUGAUCUUAAUGCUGCUAUUGAAGCAGAUUCAACUCUUUCAGAAGCAUAUUUCCGUCGGGCAACCAUUCUCCGUCAGUUAUGCAGAUAUCAGGAGUCGGAGGGGAAUUACAAAAUGUUUCUUGAGCUGAAACCCGGAGAUUCAAUCGCAGAAAAGGAACUUUCUCAAUUGGUUCAGGCGCAGAAUGCUCUUCACACGGCUUUUACUCUCUUUGACUCAGGCGAUCAUACAAAAUCCCUGGAAUAUAUAGAUAAAGUAGUGCUUGUUUUCUCUCCGGCAUGCUCAAAGGCCAAAUUCCUCAAAGUGAAGUUGCUGUUAGCUACUAAAGACUAUUCCAGUGCCAUCUCUGAAACUGGAUAUAUUCUCAAGGAAGAUGAGAAUAAUCUAGAGGCAUUACUACUUCGUGGCAGGGCAUACUAUUACUUGGCAGAUCAUGAUGUUGCGAUAAGACAUUUCCAGAAAGGUCUCCGCCUAGAUCCAGAGCAUAGUGAAUUGAAGAAAGCAUAUUUUGGUUUGAAGAAUUUACUAAAGAGGACUAAAAGUGCAGAAGAUAAUGCAAAUAAGGGGAAAUUGCGCCUGGCAGUUGAGGAGUAUAAAGGAGCUCUAGCAUUGGACCCUGAUCAUCUUGCACAUAAUGUACAUCUUCAUCUUGGCUUGUGUAAGGUCUUGGUCAAGCUUGGCAGGGGAAAAGAUGCACUUGAUAGUUGCACUGAGGCUCUUAACAUUGAUGGAGAGCUUCUUGAAGCUUUAGUUCAGAGGGGUGAGGCUAAACUUUUGACAGAGGAUUGGGAAGGAGCCGUGGCAGAUCUGCAUGAAGCAGCCCAAAAUUCACCCCAGGACAUGAAUAUCAGGGAAGCUUUGAUGAGGGCUGAGAAGGCUUUGAAGAUGAGCAAACGCAAGGACUGGUACAAGAUUCUUGGAGUUUCAAAAACUUCAUCUGUAUCUGAGAUCAAGCGGGCAUACAAAAAACUUGCACUUCAGUGGCAUCCAGAUAAGAAUGUUGAUAAUAGAGAAGAAGCCGAGGCCAAAUUCCGAGAGAUCGCUGCUGCUUAUGAGGUUCUCGGAGAUGAAGAAAAGCGUACAAGAUAUGAUAGAGGGGAAGACAUUGAAGACAUGGGAAUGGGUGGAGGUGGUGGUGGUGGUGGCGGACAAAAGUACUCAUUCCAUUUCGAAGGAGGCUUUCCUGGCGGCUUUGGUGGAUUUGAUGGAGGCUUUCCUGGAGGAGGAGGAGGAGGAUUUAAUUUCCAAUUUUGAUGUAGUGAAGCAUGGGAUUUAUUUAUUCCUGAUACGUAGCUGUAGAUAUACAAGUUCAGCCCCUAACAUCAACUCGACUGAUGCUGACCAAUACAUCGGGGAGUGUAAAGGCCUUCAAGUGGAGUGUUACAUGAAUUUGUAUCAUUGAGAAGUUUUGCUUUAAUCCUGGACUUCUAUCAGUUAAUUUCAGGAAAGCCUUCAACCCAGUUAUGUUAUUAUCCAUCAAUCUUUUAUUUUUGCACCUUUGCUUGUGAUUUUGGUUUGCAACCUGCUCCAUUGAUGUCUUACACAGCCCAAAUGGCAACCUUACUUUUUGUAUUAGUAAUUAGUGUGAUUUGUGUCAUUUAUAUACCAGCCAAGUAGCCAAGCCAGUGUAUUUCAGUCUUUUGGGCAAUAUGGACAAGGACAACAAUUGGCUACC